GGCCGGUCCGGGGCGGAGCCGCUGCUCGGCGGGGUGGGUGCAGCAGGGUCGGCGCGUCUCGCUGCCGCCCGUCUGAGCCGGCUUUUCGGCGGGAGCCUCUACUCCAGAGUGCGCGGUAGCGUGGGCCGUCCGCGGGCCCCAUGUGGUGCCGACAUCACUGACAUGGCGGAAUCCCCGCCGAGCCCUCCUGGCACUCGCUCUAGCUAGCCGGGACUCACCACCGCGCCCGGCCCGGCUCGGCGUCCUGCACCAGCCCUCCGCCAGGAAACCCGUCGAGGAAAAUCCUCCAUGAAUGUACGUCACAAUGAUGAUGACCGACCAAAUUCCGCUGGAGCUGCCACCAUUGCUGAAUGGGGAGGUAGCCAUGAUGCCUCACAUCGUGAAUGGCGAUGGAUCACAGCAGGUCUUUUUGGUUCAAGUUAAUCCAGGUGAAACCUUUACAAUAAGGGCUGAGGAUGGAACCCUGCAGUGCAUCCAAGGACCAGCAGAGGUUCCCAUGAUGUCACCCAAUGGAUCCAUUCCCCCUAUUCAUGUGCCUCCUGGUUAUAUCUCGCAGGUGAUAGAAGACAACACUGGUGUUCGGAGGGUGGUGGUAACCCCUCAGUCUCCGGAGUGUUACCCUCCUAGCUAUCCUUCAGCCAUCUCUCCAACCCAUCACUUACCUCCAUAUCUGACACACCAUCCCCAUUUUAUUCACAACUCUCAUACAGCAUUUUAUCCUCCUGUCACUGGACCUGGGGACAUGCCACCACAGUUUUUCCCACAGCAUCAUCUUCCCCCAACAAUAUAUGGAGAACAAGAAAUCAUACCACUAUAUGGGAUGUCCAGCUAUAUUACCAGGGAAGAUCAGUACAGCAAACCACAGCACAAAAAACUCAAAGACAGGCAGAUUGAUCGCCAAAACCGUCUGAAUAGUCCUCCUUCAUCCAUCUACAAAAGCCAUAUAGGCAGCUGCCCAACUGUAUAUAAUGGUUAUGCAAAGAGUCACAAUGGAGCAAGCAGUGGAGGUGGCGGCGGGGGGGCUCCAGUAGUAAAGAAGCCGGAACGCAGAGCAAGAAGCAGCCCAAAGUCAAAUGAACAAGACCCACAUGAAUUUGAUUCAGAAACAAAAAGGGUUCAGGACAUUCUUUCUGGAAUGGAGAAACCACAGGUUACAAAUAUUCAAGCAAGAACGGUUUUACUUUCCUGGUCACCUCCCACUGGCCUUCUAAAUACAGAUAGACACAACAAUGGUUUGCCUUACACCUGUACCUACGAGGUUGCCUUAUCGGAUAAAGGGAAGGAUGGAAAAUACAAGAUAAUUUACAGUGGAGAAGAAUUAGAAUAUAACCUGAAAGACCUUAGGCCAGCAACAGAUUAUCACGUCAGGGUAUAUGCAAUGUACAACUCAGUAAAGGGUUCCUGCUCAGAGCCAGUAAGCUUCACCACUCACAGCUCAGCACCAGAGUGUCCCUUCCCACCCAAACCCUCGCACAGGACCAAAAGCUCCUUAACCUUACAAUGGAAGGCGCCCAUUGAUAAUGGUUCAAAAAUCACCAGCUACCUUCUGGAGUGGGAUGAGGGAAAGAGGAACAGUGGUUUCAGAGAAUGCUACUUUGGAAGCCAGAAGCAUUGCAAGUUGACUAAGCUUUGUCCUGCUUUGGGUUACACCUUCCGAUUAGCAGCUCAGAAUGAUGUCGGUACUAGUGGGUACAGCCAGGAGGUGGUGUGCUAUACCGCAGGUAAUAUUCCUCAGACCCCUUCAGCCCCAAGGCUUGUUCGAGCUGGUGUUACAUGGAUCGCAUUGCAGUGGAAUAAAGUAGAAGGAUGUACACCAGAGGAAGUGAUUUCCUACACCCUGGAGAUUCAGGAAGAAGAUAGUAAUAGCAUGUUUCACCCAAAGUACACUGGAGAGGAGCAAGCCUGUACUGUGAAGAAUCUCAGAAGAAGCACACAGUAUAAAUUCAGGCUGUUUGCUUCUAAUGUGGAAGGAAAGAGUUCUCCCAGCGAAGUGUUGGUCUGUACAACAAGCCCGGACAGGCCAGGACCUCCAGCCAGACCCGUUAUUAAGGGGCCAGUAACGUCUCAUGGCUUUAGUGUGAAGUGGGAUCCUCCACAGGAUAACGGUGGCUCAGAAAUCCUGAAGUAUCUACUAGAGAUUUCUCAAGGAAGUCCAGAAGCAAAUCAGUGGGAAGUGGCAUAUAGUGGAUCAGCUACAGAAUAUACCUGUACUCACUUGAAACCAGGCACUUUGUAUAAACUCCGGGCAUGCUGUAUUAGCACUGGUGGACACAGUCAGUGUUCUGAAAGUUUACCUGUCCGUACACUAAGUGUUGCACCUGGUCACUGUCGGCCACCAAGAGUGUUGGGGAAGCCGAAGCACAAAGAAAUACAGCUACAAUGGGAUGUCCCUCCAUCAGAAAGUGGCUGUCCCAUCUCAGAGUAUAGUGUAGAAAUGACAGAACCUGAGGAAGUAGUUUCUGAAGUGUACCAUGGGCCUGAUCUGGAGUGCACCAUCAGCAACCUUCUUCCUGGAGCAACAUACCGGUUCAGAGUGAGAGCUCUGAAUGAUGGUGGGUACGGGCCAUAUUCAGAAGCUACAGAAGUCACCACAGCAGCAGGACCGCCUGGCCAGUGCAGAGCACCUUCCCUGUCCUUUCUGUCCGACACAUGUGUACUUAUAAGCUGGGAGAGUCUUGAAUGUUCUGGUGCUGACAUCUCUGAAUACAGAUUAGAGUGGGGAGAAGAUGAGGAAUCUCUAGAACCGGUAUAUAAUGGCACAGAUACCUGUUUUGAAAUCAGUGAAUUGUCAGCGGCAGCGCAUUACUGCUGUAGGCUACAGGCUAUUAACCAGGCAGGAGCUGGACCUUACAGUGAUGUGGUAACCUGCCGAAUCCCCGCAUCUGUGCCUGAUGCAGUCUGUACGCUCUCCGUGCUGGAGGAUGAGCAUGUGGAUGCCUGUCAGCAUUCACCCUCUGUGUGCCUUGUACUGAACUGGGAAGAACCAUGCAAUAAUGGAGCUGAGAUUACAUCAUACAACAUUGACCUGGGUGACAUCAGCAUUCCAGUAGGGAAUGUUACAAGUUAUGUUAUCACUAAUUUGCUGCCAGAAACCUCAUACCGGAUCAGGAUCCAGGCUGUCAAUGAAAUAGGAGCUGGACCAUUUAGCCACUUCAUUAAAGCAAAAACUAGGCCAUUACCACCCUCACCUCCUCGGUUAGAGUGUGCUGCUGCAGGUCCUCAAAGCCUGAAGCUGAAAUGGGGAGACAGCAGCUCCAAGCUUCAUACUACCGAUGAUAUGGUCUAUAUCUUGCAGAUAGAAGACAGAAAUAAAAGGUUUAUUCCAAUUUAUAGGGGACCAAGUCAUACAUACAAAAUACAAAGGCUGACAGAAUCCACAUGUUACUCAUUCAGAAUACAAGCAGUCAAUGAUGCUGGGGAGGGACCUUUCUCAGACAUAUGUACCUUCUGCACAACUAAGUCAGUCCCACCUGCAAUCAAAGCUCCUCGAGUGACACAGAUGGGAGGAAAUGCCUGUGAAAUUACUUGGGAAAUCGUCCCACCCAUGAAAGGAGAUCCUGUUGGUUAUGUUCUGCAGGUACUGGUUGGAAGAGAAUCUGAAUACAAGCAGGUGUACAAGGGAGAAGAGACCACAUUCCACAUCUCAGGCCUUCAACUCAACACAGACUAUCGGUUUCGCGUCUGCGUCUGCCGCCGGUGCUUGGAUACCUCACAAGAACUUAGUGGACCUUUCAGCCCAUCCGUUGCCUUUAUGCUUCAGCGUAAUGAGAUCAUGCUUUCAGGAGAAAUGGGAAGCAUAGAUGAUCCUAAGAUAAAAAGCAUGAUUCCUACUGAUGAACAGUUUGCAGCCCUCAUCGUUCUUGGCUUUGCAAGUUUGUCAAUCAUAUUUGCCUGUAUAUUACAGUACUUCUUUAUGAAGUAGGGGAUUCAAUGGAAGUUUGAGAUACAAAUUUAACUAAUGCUACGCAUUAUAAUCCCACAUUUAUUCAGAUACUCCUUUUUUUUUUGAAAUCCUUUUGUUCUACCAUACAUUUUAUAUACUUCUUGUUUUUACAGUUCUAGCUUGAAGAAAGAUAAAUCAGUGUUUUGGUGCACCUUUUUGAAAUUCAAAACUUGGAAGUGGUCAAACUGGAGAAACAAACAAACCAGACACCAAAUGCAAGGUUUUUUAUUUUUUCCUCUACAGAUUCAAAAUUGUCACCGAUUUGUCUUUUCAACGUUGUUUUGGGUUUUUUUCACUGAAGUUCAUACAGUCUCUUAUUUUACCUUACUAUUUAGGAAAUUUUAAUCAUGAGUCACUUUUUUGUCUCUUCUUUUUCCUUCUAAACAUUAGUCAUGAGUGUGUAUAGUGGCAAGACUAGAAUACAGUGUUAGUCAACAGUACCGAGUUUUCCUUGAACAGUAUUAGCCAUGUUGCCUAUGAGUUAUUCACUACUUUUGCCCCAUUUUUCUCAAGGUAAAAUCUAAGUUAUUUUAACUGUGUAGUGCAUUUAAAUCGGAACAGUAUCCUGCAGCUUAAAAACUUUUUUAAUUAUCUGUUACUUUUACAGUUACAACACUAUAAACUGCCUGUGUAAGAAAUCAAAUAACCAAAUUGCAUAUAAAUUAUGAAGCAUUAUAGAUUUUUUUACCAUUUUGAUUCCUAGCAGUAAUUUUAAGUAAGAGGGCAUUGUGCAAUAGUUAGUUAUUCCCAUGUUCAGCUAUUUAAAAGCUGCUUUAGCUUGUCUGUUCGUCACUGUAUAUAACUAUUCCUUAUCUAAUACUAGAUAUUAUUCUAUUAUGUUCAGCCUGAUUUAUAUGAUUAUUGCUGGUGACGGCUUACUGCCUCUACUGAAUUAGGUGAGAUUUUCACUCAGUGUAAGCAAACUUUACUGUUGGUUGAUCUUUUUUUAUUACUGUUAUUUUUUGGAGGGGUAUCCAUUUUAUGGAACUUUCUUGGAGGUAUCAGAAAUUAGGUCUGUCUAUUUUAAAUACCUUAAAUGGGUAUCUACGCUAUUCUUACCACAGGGCUGAUUGAAAUAAUAACUUGGUACAUGGCAAAAUUCAGAUGAGAGUCUUGCAGGAAGAGUAGUCCCUGCUCUGAUGGGAGCAUGUGCCCCUCCCGCCUGCCCCUUCCCAGACACAUAUUUUAAUUCAUCAAGAUACUAGAUUUUUAACUCUGGAGUCAUUGGAUUAUUUAUAUUAAGUCAACAUUGUGCAAGUACCUCAGGGACAUAAAUGAGCUGGAGGUGCAAAUAGAUUCCAAAAGGGUGCAACAGACACAGUGUAUUUCCCUGCCUCUUGUUUUUGUAUAUUUUUGCUACUUGGUUUUGCUUUUGUCCUAGCUAUUUUGUGCUCUUGUCUCCAUUGUCUUAAGAUUCAGUGUCCUGUACUAGCAUAAUAUUCCCUUAACCAAAGUAAUGGGGAAGAAACAACAUUAUUUUUGGUUUAGGUUUAUUUAUACUAUAUACUGCAUACAGUACUUUAAAUACCAAUUACAGUGCAAUCUUUUAUUUAUUGUAAAAAAUAAAAUAAAAAGUGUACUUAUGUACUAAUCCCCCUCUCCACCCUCCCCAUAGCAUGUUAUAUUUUGUCUGUUUUAUACUGUUGUACUUAGGUCAACUUUUUACCUGGCAGCAUUCCUAGUAGUAUUAAUCUUCUUACAUUUUCUUGUGUUUUUGAAGAUGGGAGCAUCUAGUACAUUAAAUGCCAAAAAAAAGAAAAAAAAAAAAGAAAAGAAAAAAACCAUUACCAGUGAUUCAAACGUUUACAUGUAUCCAAAAA